AUGACCACCCACCUCCUCCAAGUUACACACAGACUCUUCACCACCGCCAUGGCCCCCAUCGAGCGCAUCACCCUCUUCAAGAUCCCCAACGAGGCGGACCGGGACCGCGUGCUGGAGCAGUAUAAGGUGAUGGCGAAGACGGCUGUCAAGGACGGUAAACCCUACAUCCUCGCCGCGGCCGCAGGCGCCUCGUUCCCGGAUCCGCGCAACAAGGGCUACAACCUCUCGGUCAAGACGACGUUUACAUCGCUCGAGGAUAUGAAGUACUAUGACAGCGAGUGCGAGGCUCACAAGGCGCUCAAGGCGAUUGCGGGGCCGGUCAAGGAGGAUGUGUUGACGACAUACUAUGAAAGCAUUCUGUGA